AGUCGACUAGGGGGCGGUGUCACCUGAAAGUUGAUUCCGAUCGUUUAUUGAUCCAUGCUCCGGCCAGAUCAGCUCUUUUAGCGGGUCUAUAGGCUUUCUCCUUCAGCGUGAAUCAGCGGCCUGUGGCGGGAAGAUGCUCCGCGUGAGGGCGGCCGUGUGUCGGUCCUGGAGGGGGUUUAAGACGGUCCCCUGUGCAGCUGUGGAGGUGAAAAAUGAGCCAAUCCUGAGCUUCAAAGAGGGCAGCCAUGAGAGGGUGGAGCUGCUGAAGGCCUUGGCGAGCGUGAAGGGGAGGACGGAGGAGAUCCCGUGUGUGGUGGGAGACGAGCACGUGUGGACCAAAAGCAUCAGAUACCAGCUCUCUCCCUUCAAUCACUCACACAAGGUGGCGAAGUUCUGCUACGCUGACAAGGAGCUCAUCAACAAAGCCAUCACAGCGUCUGUGGCGGCGAGGAAGGAGUGGGACCUGAAGCCCGUCGAGGACCGAGCUCAGAUCCUCUUCAAAGCCGCCGACGUCAUCAGCGGACCCAGGAGAGCCGAGAUCCUGGCCAAGACCAUGAUCGGACAGGGGAAGACGGUGGUGCAGGCGGAGAUCGACGCCGCCGCGGAGCUCAUCGACUUCUUCAGGUUUAAUGCCAAACACGCCAUCGAGCUGCAGCAGCAGCAGCCGCUGGACGCAGAGGGAAGCGCCAACACGACACUGUACCGAGGGCUGGAGGGGUUUGUAGCUGCUGUGGCUCCGUUUAACUUCACUGCCAUUGGUGGAAACCUGGCGGGCACCCCGGCUCUGAUGGGUAACGUCGUCCUCUGGAAGCCGAGUGACACCGCCAUGUCUGCCAGCUACACCGUGUAUAAAAUCCUCAGGGAGUGCGGCAUGCCACCAAACAUCAUCCAGUUCUUGCCCGCUGACGGCCCCGUGUUCGGAGACACCAUCACCGCCUCGGAGCACCUGGCAGGCAUCAACUUCACCGGCAGCGUGCCGACGUUUAAGCGUCUUUGGAAGCAGGUCGCUCAGAACCUGGACAUCUACAGGACUUUCCCUCGACUGGCAGGAGAGUGCGGGGGGAAGAAUUUCCACUUCGUCCACAUGUCAGCGGACAUCCAGAGCGUUGUGACAGGGACGAUUCGCUCGGCAUUCGAGUACGGAGGUCAGAAGUGCUCGGCCUGCUCGAGGAUGUACGUACCGGACAGCCUGUGGCCGCAGAUCAAAGAGCAGCUGCUCGCCAUCCACAAGGACAUCCGAGUGGGCGACCCUGUCGAGGACUUCAGCACCUUCUUAUCAGCUGUGAUCGACGACAAGUCGUUCGGGCGGAUAAAGAAGUGGCUCGAACACGCCAAGUCUUCCCCAAACCUGAAAGUCAUCGCCGGAGGAAACUGCGACGACAAGAAGGGCUACUUCGUGGAGCCGACCAUCAUCGAGACCAAAGACCCGCAGGACGCCAUCAUGAACGAGGAGAUCUUCGGGCCCGUCCUCGCCGUUUACGUUUAUCCUGAGAAGGACUACAGAGAGGUUCUGCGGCUGAUCGACGCCACGUCGCCGUAUGCGCUGACCGGAGCUGUGUUCGCCAAGGACGAGAAGGUGAUCGACGAAGCCUCCAGAGUGCUGAGGAACGCAGCGGGAAACUACUACAUCAACGACAAAUCCACCGGCUCCAUCGUGGCUCAGCAGCCGUUCGGGGGCGCCAGAGCUUCAGGUACGAACGACAAACCUGGAGGUCCUCACUACGUCCUCAGGUGGACGUCUCCACAGACCGUGAAGCGGACGCACGUCCCCCUCACAGAGUGGAAGUACCCCUACAUGGGCUGAGGAGGAGUCCGUCCACCCGUCUGUCCGUCCGUCCAUCAGCUGAGACCACACGCGGCCCGAUCGCCUCCUCGUCUCGCUGCACUGAACCUGGACGUGUCUUCCAUCCUAACACAGCUGCUUUUCUAAUCAAUCAUAGUAGAGUCAUCAGUAAGGUCCUGUGAGCACGGCAGGUCCAGGUGUGCGGCUCAGGCCUCAGCUGAGAUGAUUAGUUCAUUAAUCAGUCGGUAUCUGUCCUGUUAAGAGUUAUCGUUGGUUUAAAGCUCAUGAUUUAAAACUCUAGUGGAAGUCGAAGUCUGUUUUAGAGUUUUUUCAAUUUCUGUCUGACCUCAUUUCCUGUGUGACGUAGAAAUAACUUCCUGUUUGUGGGGGCAGACAGUGAGCGUCACCUGCAGCAGAGCUCACACCGACUCAUUAUCGGGCCUGCAGCACAAAUGUCCGUCCCUGCUGGUCUGGACUCGACCCGCGUCCGUCUCUUUGAAUCAGAACUGUAUUUUCAGAACGUGCCUGCCUUAGAAACUCUGAUGGUUACUUUUCAACAAUAAAUAAUGGAAACAUUU